CUCGAGUCUUACUUUUUUUAUCUUACUUACCUUCGUCAAUUGCACAACAUCGACCUGCAACUAAUUUUAAUUUAAGAAAUAAAAAAAUUAGAAGAGUGCCAGGGAAACAUCACUCUCCGAGCACACAAAUGGGUCAAAAAUGGUUAGAUUGUAGUAGUAGUAGGUGGCUUCAACUUGCCUUUUCCCCCAACUCUAUCGCCGUCCAAUUAGGAAAAAGUAAGGCUAAAAUGGUCUGCUCCAAUCUAUGGACGCCUCUCACAGAAGCGGUUUUCUAUUACACAGGGCUGUCUCCGACGGCUUUCUUUACAAUCGCGGCGCUGAUGGCGGUGACAUACAAGGUAGUUUACCACAUGCUCGGCGGCACCGAUGACUACAUGUACGUCAAGAAGGCGGAGGAGGCCGCCCGCCGGAAACCUAUCCAGAUCGGCGACCUGACCGCAGCUGAGCUCUUAGCUUUCAACGGGUCAGACCCGAAAAAGCCCUUGCUCAUGGCUAUCAGAGGACAAAUCUAUGAUGUCUCUAGCUCCAGGUUAAAAUUUAACCUCUUCUAUUCCAUCUAUUCCCAGCUGAAGCUCAAAACAAUACUGAUGAAUUUCUUGAUUCGGGUUAGAACUGUUAUCCAGCCUAAUAUAUUAUUCGUUCCUUUUCAUUUAUAAACCAUGCGCAUUAUAAGUUCUUUCUUCCUUAACUCUCACUGCCAACUAAUGCUCUGCGCCUUCCUUCGGUGGACUCUGACGGGCAAGUCGGUCCUCUGCCAAAAGGCCGAAACGAGUGCUCUCUGCCAGUCAGCCCUCUGCAAACCCUGCCGGUUUGCCAUCCGGGGUCACAAAUCCAAAAGGGGAAACCCCUGCCUCUUUCCCUCUUAAUACACAUAUUGAUAUUUCAACUUUCGAAGGUGGAUUUUUUGCAUUGCACAAUUAGACAAUGAAAGGUAACAUGUAGA